AUGUACUUUUAUCCCAUUCUCUCCAAACUUAUAAUAUACAAAAAAUAUUCGGCAUGUCAUUUCACUUCUGUUUCUAACGCAAGUUGUGCACUUAUCACCACCAAGAUCGACAACACUAGUAAACAAAUGGUGACUAACGAUAUGAAUACAAUUUCACCGAUCCAGAAUCCACUCACGAAUAUGACACAUAGUAGUGAAAUGUUGAAGAUGCCUCGUGCUCCACCUCAUGUAUAUUCUUGCUUUGUUGUUAAUUGUACCAACGAGCCAAUCGACUGUACACUCAAGUAUAAUGGUCGUCCAGGUGAAGAUACAUUUGAUGAAGUAGUCAACGUCACUAUUCCUGGCAACACUGAGCACUAUUUUCCUCGUCAACUCUUUCAGCCUGAUCUGCCCGAAUCAUACUGCAAAUGGGUCAAGAUUAUAACACAUAUUCAAGUGAAGAAGGCGAACGAUCAUAUUUUAGAAGUAAACUAUCCAUUUGAGCAUGUUCAUUGUCCGAUUCGCAACUGGGAAUUUCAUGUCAACAACGAAGGAGAGAUCCUUUCAAAGCCACCUACUCGUGUUGUUAAUGUUCUCAAAUAUGAAAAUCUCGAUCGCUAUGAAUGUUGA